AUGGCGAGUGGUUCGUGGGCCGAGAUCCGGGAGAAGUUCCAGGCCGCGCUGGCUCUGUCGCGGGUGGAACUGCACAAGAACCCCGAGAAGGAGCCGUACAAGUCCAAGUACGGCGCCCGAGUGCUGCUGGAGGAGGUCCGAGCGCUGCUGGGCCCCGCGCCGGAGGACCAGGAGGAGCGGCCUCCGGCCGAGGACGACGUGGGCGCCGGGGACUCCGCCCGGGGGCUGCCGGCCGCGCUGGUGGAGGUCGAGGGGCCCGGGGCCCAGGGCGCAGUGCGGCUGGCGGUCAUCGAGUUCCACCUGGGCCUGAACCACAUCGACACGGAGGAGCUGUCGGCGGGGGAGGAGCAUCUGAUGAAAUGCCUGAGGCUGGUGCGCCGCUACCGGUUGUCGCCCGACUGCGUGUCCCUGUACAUCCAGGCGCAGAAUAAUCUGGGUAUCUUGUGGUCUGAAAGAGAAGAAAUUGAAACAGCACAAGCUUACCUAGACUCAUCAGAAGCACUGUAUCUUCAGUAUAUGAAAGAGAUUGGGAGUCCUCCUCUUGAUCCUACUGAGCAUUUUCUUCCUGAAGAAGAGAAACUUACUGAACAAGAGAGAUCAAAAAGAUUUGAGAAGGUUUAUACUCAUAACCUUUAUUACCUGGCUCAAGUCUACCAACAUAAGGAGGUGUUUGAGAAGGCUGCUCAUUAUUGCCACAGUACCCUAAAGCGCCAGCUUGAGCACAAUGCCUACCAUCCCAUAGAGUGGGCUAUCAAUGCUGCUACCUUGUCACAGUUUUACAUCAAUAAGCAAUGCUUUAUGGAGGCCAGGCAUUGUUUAUCAGCUGCUAAUGUCAUUUUUGGUCAAAUUGGAAAGAAUCCAACCACAGAAGACACUACUGAAACUGAAGGAGAUGUGCCAGAGCUUUAUCAUCAAAGAAAAGGGGAAAUAGCAAGAUGCUGGAUCAAAUACUGUUUGACUCUCAUGCAGAAUGCUCAACAUUCAAUGCAGGACAACAUAGGAGAACUUGACUUUGAUAAACAAUCUGAACUGAGAGCUUUAAGGAAAAAGGAACUCGAGGAGGAAGAAAGCAUUAGGAAGAAAGCUGUGCAGUUUGGAACCGGUGAGCUCUGUGACGCCAUCUCUGCAGUGGAAGAGAAAGUGGGCUACUUGAGACCUUUAGAUUUUGAAGAGGCCAGAGAACUCUUCUUACUGGGUCAGCACUAUGUCUCUGAAGCAAAAGAGUUCUUUCAGAUUGAUGGUUAUGUCACUGACCAUAUUGAAGUUGUCCAAGACCACAGUGCUCUGUUUAAGGUGCUUGCGUUCUUUGAAACCGACCUGGAGAGACGGUGCAAGAUGCAUAAACGUAGAAUAGCCAUGCUAGAGCCCCUCAUUGUGGAUCUGAAUCCACAAUAUUAUCUGCUGGUCAACAGACAGAUUCAGUUUGAAAUUGCACAUGCUUACUAUGACAUGAUGGAUUUGAAGGUUGCCAUUGCUGACAAGCUGAGGGAUCCCGAUUCACACAUCGUAAAAAAAAUAAAUAAUCUUAAUAAGUCAGCAAUGAAGUACUACCAGCUCUUCCUAGACUCCCUGAGAGACCCAAAUAAAGUGUUUCCUGAGCAUAUAGGGGAAGACGUGCUUCGCCCUGCCAUGUUGGCUAAGUUUCGAGUUGCUCGUCUCUAUGGCAAAAUCAUCACCUCAGAUCCCCAAAAAGAGCUAGAAAAUUUGGCAACAUCCUUGGAGCAUUACAAAUUUAUUGUCGAUUACUGUGAAAAGCACCCUGAAGCUGCCCAGGAAAUAGAAGUGGAGCUAGAACUUAGUAAAGAGAUGGUGAGUCUUCUUCCAACAAAAAUGGAGAGGUUCAGAACCAAGAUGGCCCUGACUUAA